AUGAAUGAAGCAGGGCUUCGAAGGACUCUCCCUGACCAGUCAUCAGGGAGUGGGCACACUUUUGACACCCCACACCACCAAAGUGUCAUCGACCCCAUCCUAUCAAAGCGAGUUUGCUUUUACAAAAGUGGAGAUCCUCAGUUCAAUGGCCUGCGCAUGGUUAUCAACAACCGCACCUUUAAAACUUUCGAUGCGCUCCUGGACAAUCUUUCUAAAAAGGUUCCCCUGCCAUUUGGGGUGCGGAACAUUACAACUCCGCGGGGGGUUCACGGGAUCCACACUUUAGCUGAACUUGAGGAUGGGAAAUCCUACAUCUGCUCGGACAGCCGUAAAGUCAAACCCAUCAAUCUGGCCCUGGCUCGGAAGAAGCUGCCACCUUGGUACCACGCCAGACCUGUUAGUUCUCGUCGCCAGGUUGUGCAGCAGGCCAGGUUUUUACCCGGCCGUGGCUUGCACAGGCAGGAGUCAGUGGUUAUGCGCACACCAAGGAAGCUUGUGGUCUAUCGUAAUGGAGAUCCCUCCGUUAAACAUACUGUGGUACUUCACAAGAAGACUACACCUAAUUAUGAGUCUAUCCUGGACUACAUCUCAGAGCUGAUGCGGUUCCAUGUGGUUAAACUAUACACUCUUGAUGGCAGACGUGUUGAUGGUCUUCCAGGCUUGAUUUUGAGCUCUGGGGCUGUGGUGGCUGUAGGACGGGAGCUUUUUAGGCCUGCAAUGUACAGUGCACAGAAAUCACCAGUUUCAACAAGACAGCAUUUCAACCCCUCCGGGUUUAGAAGACAGAAGGCAUUGAACCCAGAAACGGAGGGGGAUACCUGCCUUGGUGAUGGGGCUGAAGGGCGGGACUGCUCUCUGCCCAGUGAGGACAACAUUGAGAAGUCCUUUCGGGUGAAUCAGGACGGCAGCAUGACAGUGGAAAUGAAAGUGCGGCUGACGAUUAAGGAGGAAGAAACAGUUCAUUGGACGACCACCCUGACGCGUUCAAGUGUAGCUGAUCUGCUUAAUGCAACCUGUUUACCAGAGCCUGAGGCAGAAAAGAAGAUCUGCUCAUCAAAGUCAAACUCCCGCAACUUACAAAGUCCUGCUGCUUCUAUUGACACCAUCAAGGACAAAACUAAAGACAACAAUGAUGAUGAUGAUGAUCCACCAUCACUGGGCAAUGGUGCUUUCAGUGACAGUAGUCUUGAAGAGGAUGAUAUCAAAAGACACACAGGUGCAGCAUCCCCUAGAAGAAUCCCUACACCAGGAUACAAAAGAUUUAGGAAACAACAAGCUUCUGUUGAAAGCAUCAAAUCUGUAACAGCAGAUGGCAUUGAAGAAGGAACGAUGGGAUCUUAUUCUUACAGUCAGCAGACAGAAACAGGAACAAUGACAGAGCAGUACUGCAUGGUGAAGCAAAGCACCACCCGACCAGUACCCAAGCCACGAACAUUCAACUCUGUUGAUGCCAACAAAUCAGUAGGAAAGACUGAAAUGCUGCAGGAGGAAUCCAGUGGGGAGGAGUUGACUGAAACAGUCUUACACGUUUAUGAACAGCAGACUUGCCAGGAUAAUUUCCAUGCAAAUGUUAGUGCACACGAGGAAGAGCAGCCAGCGGUUCCCUGUAAGAAACUGCAGGUUAUUGUUGAGGAAAGCUUGUCAGGUAAUGAGGAAGAGCAGGAGGAAGAGUCCCUUCAUGAACUUCCAAAGUCUGAGGAGCAAACAAAAAAAAGUAGAGAAUUGGAAGCUUUAAUAGAAGAGCCAGAGGAAGACCAGGUUAGCUCAGAAGAAGACAUUCAUGAUGACAAGCCAAAAAGCAAAAGCCCUCUUCACAGCAGUUUGAUCAUAUCUGACAGUUUAGAGAAAGGUUUGAGGUUUAAUCCAGAUGAUGACAGUGGGAAUGACCACAGCAGCUGUGGGGAACAUGUAGAUGAAGAGCAACUACAGGUAGAAGAUGAACAAAUUAGUAGCUCAAAUGAAGAAGAGUUAAGCUACUAUGAAAAAGAGUCCAGCUCAGAGGAGGACCAAGCCACAUACAUAAAGAAACGCUGUACACAAUAUCAAGACGUUCCAGUGACAACACAACCUGAAAAGGUUGUGGUGGAGCUCAAAGAGCAGUGUGAAGAAAUUAUAACUCAAUCUGUUGCAGAGAGAGUGAUCCUUCUGGAAAAGCAGGCUGCUGAUGCCCAGAAAGCGAAAACAACGCCACAGAGUUUCAGAUGCUUCUCACAAAGAAAGGCCACUCUGGAGUCAGAUGAGGAGGAUACACCCUCUGAAUCUCCAACAUCUGAUGGGGCUCUCUGCACUCGAUCAGCUCCUCAGUCAUCUUUAUCUUUCAGCUAUGACUCCAGUGGCGUCAUAACCACAGAACCUGAAGGCAGCAGGGUCAGAUCCAUCAGGGAGAUGUUCAUGGCAAAGAGCGCUACAGACAUCCAGCAGAGGCGUUUUCCGAGCUCCAACUCAUCAGAGCAGUCUGGAUUAAGGGCAGAGACCUCCGGCAGCGGUGGUUAUCAGUCUCAGACUUCAAGUGAACUGUCUAGCGGUGAAGAUGAUUCAGCACGGAAAUCCAUCACUAAAGGCUUUGUGAGGAGAACAAUUGAACGGCUUUAUGGCAAGAAAGACACAAAUUCUGAGGAACCAAGCGAGAGACCCCCAUCUGAGCCAAACCAGAGAAGAAAAGAGCACUCAAGCAUCUUCUCUCCCUUUUAUGUAGCCCGAUCCAAAGCAAUGUCAGAGAUGUCGUACUUCAACUCCACUAACGCACUGGACGUCUUCAGUGAAGCAACAAGAUGCAUUGCUUUCAAUGCACAAGUGGGGCCUGGAGACAGCGUUCCUAUAGAUAAUGGGCGAUGGCUCCUCAAAGAGAACACACUAAUCAGAAAGUCUGUCUCAGAUCCAGUUGGAAUAAACAAAACUUUUACAAACACUUCUCAAGAUGAAGGAAUAUAUAAAGAUACAGAAGACAACACUUUGCAUUCUCUCUUCAGCACAAAGCCAGAACUGGAAGAAAAGGUUAAGCCAUUACCCAGGAAAUGCACCUACUUCUCUCUACCGCAUGCUAGCGAGUCUGAAGUCUUUCAGGAUGACCUCAGUACCGUCAGCAAGAGCAGCGAGAAAGGGGACAGUGUCACAGAGGCAAAGGAUGAUUCAGAGGACACCAAAACAUGGGAAGAGAGGAAUGGUAUGCUGCCUAGUGUUGGUGCUGCAGACUUUAAGAUAAAGGAUAACAAAGUGCACCCACUAAUAGAGCUCCCCCCUGAUGGUGAGGUUGUGGUGGUGCAGCCUAGGAAAGAUCAAGCCCCUGCAGAUGUCAGGCAGAAGGCCAGUCCCAGCAGCACUUCAGUGAACUGGUCAGCUUUUAACUGCAGCUGA